AAAGCACUAUUGGUGUCCUCUGCGAGAGAGCCCUGAUAGGGGGCUGGCUGUAAAUUGACGUGGCAUGGAAAAUCUCUGCUAGUUUGUAGCAGCUCUAACACUGCCGUGAAAUCAAGCCUACUCUUGCCAAGUUUGUAGCUUGAAAUCAUCACGGGCUUGCUGUUUCUAUAUAAAAAAAUGAAUGGAAAGUACCUUGGCUUUUUGAUUUGGGAACUGGACUUUUUCUCUGUCUGGAUUUACAGCUAAUAGAAAACAAAAUCAAAGGGAAUUACUUGGAUACUUUUUCUUUUCCCCUGUAGUGAGAGCGACAGAUCUUGCUGCUCCCCCCAGCCUUUUCCUGCAAUUUAAUCACUUGCAGAUCUUGCCAUGGGGUGCGGACUGAGAAAGCUGGAAGACCCAGAUGAUAGCAGCCCUGGAAAAAUCUUUUCUACAUUGAAGAGACCACAAGUUGAAACAAAGACGGAUUCUGCUUAUGAAUAUGUAUUGCUGGAUUUUACUCUAGAAGCUUCCUCAAAUCCAGAAGUCAUCAAGAUCAGUUCUGUGUUGGAUAUAGCACCUAAGGUGGAAGAAUAUUACAGCAAAGGAUAUGUUGUAGGAGCUCUUCAUCCUAUUAUGCUGCCAAUUGGACGUAGAAGGAGUUUCCCUGCAAGUCACAUGUAUCGAGUGGUUCUUUCACGAUUAAAAUUAAGCCAGAAGCAUGCAGCACCCAGAGGACAAAGGCACCCCAGGCUGCUGAUUGAGGAAUGUCCUUUAAUGUAUGAAACACUGACAAACGAGGUAGUGAAAGAACUGUUAGAAAAGGUUAACGAAGCUGCUAAAAGAGGAAAGAAGUUUGUGGGAUUUGUAACACAACAUUUUCCUCAACCUAAAGCCUGUAAUGGAACAAGCACAGAUGGAAGUGCAGAACUGGAAUCAACACUAGGUAGAAGAAAUAGAGAACACAGAAGAAAAAAUUCUGAUGAAAACUAUAAAAACUGGCAUGAAGGGACAUUGAGUGGUCACUCAUCUGAGAGCGGAAUAGAGGAGGAAAUGCAAGGAGAAAGCAGUCUGUUACAGGAUGCAGAUUUCCAGUUUGGAAGAGAAGUCAGCCCUGUUAAACCCCGGAAAGGAGACGACAAGCUGUAUACAGUCUUCAAUGUUUUUGACGACGAUUCUACCUGCUGGACCUAUCACGAGGGCGUCUUGUCUAUGAAAGUAACAAGAAAGGGGCCAGUUAUUAGUACGCUGGAAGCAGACUGGCUAGAAUUAACCACAUUUUAUUAUAAACAAGGAUUGUCAUUAAUUGAUUCAUUUGUACACUGGGAAACUUCUAAAGGGGACUAUUUGCCUAAAUCUUUAGAAGGAUUAUUUAUCUACGAAGAAGAAGGUGCUGGGGUUCCAGGUUCUAACAGAAAAGGAAAUGAUGCUAUAGUUGUCGAACAAUGGACAGUCAUUGAGGGGUGUGAAAUUAAAACAGAUUAUGGACCCUUAUUGCACACGCUGGCUGAAUUUGGAUGGCUCCUGACCUGUGUCCUGCCUACACCUAUCGUACGACAUGACAGUGAAGGAAAUCUGGCCACAAAGCAAGUCAUUUUUCUUCAGAGACCUGUUAUGUGGAAUUCUGCUGUCCAGACACCAGAGAAAUCCUUAAGACAAGUUAUUGGGGAGGAAAGAGGCAAAGUCUCUAGCAGAAGCGUCGGAUUAGAUACAGCUACUUCUCGCCCUGUCGAAACUGGACAACCACCCGAUGAGUUUCACUUAUCUCCUCCUAAGCAAUGUUGGAUCAAGGAGGGAUCCUCCCAGUAUGGAGGCUUUCCAGGGUUCAGUAGCAGUGAUGGAGUAUUGAGAGAACUGGAUGAUGGACAAUUUGACCAGGAAGAUGGAGUCACUCAGGUCACAUGUAUGUGAUAAGUAACUGCAUCAGAUGGACAUGUACAUAAUUCACACAAACGUGUCUGAUGUUUUCUUUGGUUUGGUUUUUUUUAAGUCAUACUACUUUAAAUGCAUUGGUAUAACCUUUUCCCAGAUUCAUUUUGUAUUUUGUCCUGUUUCUUCACUGUGUUAAUCCUGCUGUAGCAAUACUCCUACUGCAAAAUAAUUUGGUUUUCUGUCUCUCUUUAAUAGAAGAAUUACAUGACGGGGUGUUCUGCUAACUUGUUAAUGCUUUUGACAAGCAAGGAAGCAAAUGCUGCACAACAGUGACAGUUUGAACUGUGUGAGUGAGUAAGGAAUGAGGGUGUUUAGUGUUUUCCACAAGCUGGAAGAAUGUUAUGUUUUUAAAGGGUGUUGUAAAUAUUGGUAGGGAAAACAAGCUGACUGUUGUUAUGUUUUAGUGUAAUUUUCACUUGACUUGCCUUGCAUUAAUGCAAAAGCCUAGGGAAAUGUUGUCUUACACUAGAGUUUGAACAGUUUAAGCUAUGUUUGUACAGAAAACCUCUGGAGGCUGUAGGAAACAGUUGCUCCUGUAGUGUGAUUUCACCUAUGCAGGAUUUUAAUACGUCUAAGCCAAAAGCUGUCUGAGCAUAUAGCUUGUAUAAUGAUGUGUCAGUAAUCUACUCAUGAGUGGAAAUUCAGAACCACUCACCCCCUGAAAGACAACUUGCAGUCUAUGAAAAAGCAGUUUGAGAAACUCACUAAGAAGCACUGGCAUCAAGGUGCAUGAUGAUGCUGAUAAUACAUAGGAGGAAGAGGUAGGCUAAACUUAACAGGCCAUGUUAGAUAAUAGACUAUACACAAAAAUGCUGCUGUGUAUAUAUAUAUAUAUAAAGUUUCUCAGCUAAGUAUAUCUCACACUGGGUAAAGUGUAUUCAACUGCAUCAGAUAGCAGAAAGAAUGUUCAAAGGAUGAAGUUGCUGUGCUUCCAUCCUUACUGUGGGGAGGAGCUGCAUGCAUGAAGGGAGGUUAACACUGGCAGGGCUUUGUGGGGAGGCACGAACAGGAAGUAUUUUAAUGCUGCUCUCUUGAAAUCACGUCUUAACAGUGGAGAAGCUGAAUAAAACGCAUCUCCAGGUGGUAAAUGUGACUGUAACUAAAAACUGUGCUUUUUUUCAGGCAGUUUUAGAAGCAGAAACUAUAAAUGCUUAUCACAGUGAAGCCAAUGCAAAAUAAUGUGAUGAAAAUGAGAAUUGGAACAAGACUGAGCAGAUGUAUUCAGAACACUCCUCUCUGUGGGCAGUACAGCUCUUGCAUUACUCAGGGAGUCUGAUACCUGUCCCUGUGUGCCGUACUGUGAUCACUGAGAGGAGUGUUGUGGAUGCAUUAACUGCAGCACCCUGCUCCAAUGGGGUGACAUCCACCAGCUGCUCUGGGAAUCUCCCUUUCCCUGGGGUAGAUGGUGGCACUAAACGCAGUGGGGAAAUAGAUGCAGUGACAGGAGCACCGCUGACUGACUCCAGACAAGCACCCCAGGAGAUGGCCAGGAUGGGGGAAGUGAGCUCGGAAUAUUCCAAGUUAUAUAUACUUUGAUAGUAUAUCAAAGCAGUUACCUUUUAUAAAGCAGUUUACCUGCUCAAGGUGGCUGGGUAGUGGAUCCUAAAACUGAACUGCAACUAUUUAAAUGAUACAAUGUAUAAAGUAAUAAAUUGAGUGCAGUUAA